GGUAACAAAUUGUCCUUACACAUCAGAACUAACAUUUCAUCAACGUUUUCAACAAAAAAGAAAACUUAAGAACUAAAGCAAAGUAAUUAACACGCAGUGAGCCGCGGUGUAUGACGGUUAAUACGUUUAAAUGUGGUCACACUGAGUUAAUUCGCUGUAUGUGUGUAUGUGUUAGAAAAGGGGGUGUGACCCAUGUUCCCGCUGCUGUGUGUGUGUGUGCAUGUGUUACAUAAACGCUCUGCUUGGUCCGGUUCUGGUUCAGAUGCUGCACGAGUCGUGACUUUAAAACACUCCAACGCUGCUGCUGUUGAACGUUUUUAUUUCACGCAGACGAGUCUCAGGAAGGCUGGACAGAAAGAUGGCGGCAUCCCUGCUGAGAAUGGGACGCCUGGGCUGUGUCACGGCUGAGAGAUGGACCUCUCUAAGAAGAGCACCUGCAGCUGUGACCUUCAGUACAAAGUCUGGUGGUAACAAGAAGUCAUCAAAAGUCAGCAGCUCAGAUAAAAAACAGGUUAAAACAUACUUCGAUGUAGAAAAACUUGUCCAGCACAAGCCGUUUGAAGCUCCCAAGACAGACGUCUCUCAAGCAGCAGCCACAGCAGCGGCAGCCGGCGCAACUAAUGCAGUCACAGAAGCAUCAACUGUCAAGACAGAGAUCCUGACAGAAUCUGUACCGGCAGCAGCAGCUGAGCCCACUGCUGAAGUUGCUGCUGAAUCUCCACCCAUUAUGCAAACAGUCACUGAAGCUGUGGCUGAAGCUGCACCCGUGGUCGAGGCUGUGGCUGAAGCUGCACCCGUGGUAGAAGCUGUGGCUGAAGCUGCACCCGUGGUAGAAGCUGUGGCUGAACCUGCACCCGUGGUAGAAGCUGUGGCUGAAGCUGCACCCGUGGUAGAGGCAGUGGCUGAAGCUGCACCUGUGGUAGAGGCAGUGGCUGAAGCUGCACCCGUGGUAGAAGCUGUGGCUGAAGCUGCACCCGUGGUAGAAGCUGUGGCUGAAGCUGUACCCGUGGUUGAGGCUGUGGCUGAAGCUGUGGCUGAAGCUGCACCCGUGGUAGAAGCUGUGGCUGAAGCUGCACCCGUGGUAGAGGCUGUGGCUGAAGCUGCACCCGUGGUAGAAGCUGUGGCUGAAGCUGCACCCGUGGUAGAGGCUGUGGCUGAAGCUGCACCCGUGGUAGAAGCUGUGGCUGAAGCUACACCUGUGGUAGAAGCUGUGGCUGAAGCUACACCCGUGGUAGAGGCUGUGGCUGAAGCUACACCCGUGGUAGAGGCUGUGGCUGAAGCUGUACCCGUGGUAGAGGCUGUGGCUGAAGCUGUGGCUGAAGCUGUACCAGUGGUUGAGGCUGUGGCUGAGGCUGUGGCUGAAGCUGUACCCGUGAUUGAGGCUAUCGCUGUAGCUGUACCCGUGGUUGAGGCUGUGGCUGAAGCUGCAUCAGGGAGUGAAGCCAUUGCAGAAACUGCUGCUGCAUCCAUAGCUGAAAGUGUUGCAGCUCCACUUGCUGAGGAAUCUGUUCCAGCUGCUGUCUCUGCCCCAGAGCCCGCGGCUGAGGUUUCUGCCCCAGAGCCCGCGGCUGAAGUUUCUGCCCCAGAGCCCGCGGCUGAAGUUUCUGCCCCAGAGCCCGCGGCUGAGGUUUUGGCUGAUGUUUCUGCUCCUGUUGACGGUGCUGAUGAGCUAGUGGACCCUGCUCCAGUUGUAGCUGAAACUGCAGGAGAAGAACUGCAAAUGGAGGCCCCGGCUGAACCAGUUGAACCACUUGAGGGUCAUCUGGACCCCAUUCAGAAGCUCUUCCUGGACUCCAUACGCGAGUAUUCCACAAAAAGCCAGGCCAGUGGAGGAGUCAUUGAUGCCGGCUCAGAUUUUGAGAAGGCUUUAGCAGAGGAGAUUACCAAGCUUCAGAGACUCUAUGGUGGUGGAGACCUCUCUUCUUUUCCGGAGUUUAAAUUCACAGAGCCCAAGUUGGACGAAGUGUCGCAGACGUAAACAUCAGCACUUUUCAUUCACUCUUUUCUACUUGUUCCUGUUACUUGUUCAUUCAACAGUCUGCUUAUCGUCACCUUUAGCCUGUUUUUGUGUAAACAACAGAGCUUGUUCAAUUGUUACGUCUUCUAUGUGAAAGGAAAAUAAAGCCUCAGGUUUUGUCCAUG